GGCCCCGCCCCCGCGGCAGCACUAGGGCCACGUCGUUCGUGGUGUCGGCACCCGCGAAGGGCAAAGCUCGCUUCUCAUUGGCCGCGGGGCGCUCGGCGGCCCGCCUCCCUGCUGCUGAUUGGUCAGGCGGCGGCGGGCGGCGGCGCUGAUUGGUUGCCGCUCCACUGUGACGGGUGGGCGGCAGGCAUGGCGGUGCUGGCGGCGCUCCUGCUGCUGGCGCUCGGGGCCGCGGCCGAGCCGUGCCCGGAACCCACCAUCGUGCCCUCGUAUUACACCACCUCGGACGCCGUCAUCUCCUCCGAGAGCGUCUUCGUGGUGGAGAUCUCUUUGGCCUGCAAGAACGGCGCCCAGAACGUGGCUCUUUACGCCGAUGUCAACGGGAAGCAGUUCCCUGUCACGCGCGGGCAGGAUGUAGGGCGCUAUCAGGUGUCCUGGAGCCUGGAGCACCGCAGCGCCCAAUCGGGCACCUACGAGGUGAAGUUCUUUGAUGAGGAGUCCUACAGUGCCCUGCGGAAGGCCCAGCGCAACAAUGAGGAUGUGUCCCGGGUCCGGCCCCUCUUCACUGUCAAUGUGGACCAUAGGGGCGCAUGGAACGGUCCCUGGGUGUCAACUGAGGUGGUGGCGGCCACCAUUGGCCUCCUGGUCUAUUACCUGGCGUUCAGCACCAAGAGCAGCAUCCAGGCAUAGUCCCCCCCCCCCGGGGGUCCCACAUGUCCUGGUGGGGAAUGGGGUGCCCCUAACAUUGACCCCCCCCAAUGGGGUGCUCCUUCAAUAUGGGGGUGGGGCUGAAAGACCCCCCCCAAAUAAGAACAUUGGGGUGGGGCUGGGCCUGAAAACUGGGGGGGGGUGUCACCCACCGAGGUGAGGGUGUCCUCAGUGUGGGAGAGCCCCCAUAUUGGAGGGGGGGGUGUUGUUGUUAACCCCCCAAACGGGGGGUUUUGAGGUUUCCCCCUAUUUGAGGGGGUUCCCAAAUGGCUGUGGGGGGGUCCCCGCUGCUGUACCCCAAUAAAGGUUUCCCCCCUACCACCACCUCCCUGUGUCUGUUAUGGGGUCUGUGCCCCCCCCGGGCGCCUGCUGGCUGAUGACGUCACACCCGGCUCCAGACAGGGGUGAUGUCAUCAGUGACAUAGCGUCUGACCUCACGGGGGGGGGGCUCUGAUUGUAGAACUCAUUAAGAACUCUCCAAUGAAGUUUUACAUUGAGAAGCAGCCACCGGGAGCCACGAGAUACCCCCUCCUACCGUGUCCCGUUUGAGCAUCGAACCGAGCGUGGUUACGUUGCUGCUUAACAUCCGUUUUCGUUACGUUUCCGGGGAACAUCCUCCAUAUUCAUGAGUUCUCCCAGAAUCGUUUCACAUCAUUCCACGCCUGUUUUCGCCUGCGCACAACAACGUGGUCUUUAGGGGUCUUUGGUGGUCGUUUCACUUCCGUUCCCUGAGCUCGUGUUCUGGUUGUCUUUAAGCUCCGCGCAGCAGAUAAAGCGCUCGCGCCGGUUUGAUCAGUU